UAGGAAGCUUCGGUCGUCCCAGUUUUGCUGAACAGCUUGUUAGCUUGUUAACUUGUUAGCUUGUUAGCCGACUUUUACACCUAUUUUGUUCCUACCAUCGCAAUGGAGGUGACGAUGGACCCUUUGUUUCUUGCGUGGAGCUAUUUCAGGAGGCGAAAGCUCCAGCAAUGUUCAGAUAUUUGCUCAAAAAUAUUACAAGACAACCCGUACGACCAGGCUGCAUGGAGCUUAAAAACCCGUGCUCUUACAGAGAUGGUAUACAUAGAUGAAGUUGAGUUUGACCAGGAGGGGAUUGCAGAGAUGAUGUUGGAUGAGAGCUCUAUUGCUCAAGUUGCACGACCUGGAACAUCACUGAGGCUCCCUGGAACAAGUCAGGGUGGAGGUCCCACACCGGCUGUCAGGCCCAUGACACAAUCAGGGCGUCCUAUCACAGGAUUUGUGAGACCCAGCACGCAGUCAGGGCGUCCUGGGACAAUGGAGCAGGCCAUCAAGACCCCCCGCACUGCAAGCACUGCUCGUCCUGUCACUAGCGCCUCAGGCAGAUUCAUCCGCCUAGGAACAGCUUCUAUGUUAACCAAUCCAGAUGGACCAUUUAUAAACUUGUCAAGACUAAAUCUGGCCAAGUAUUCCCAAAAGCCCAGUCUAUCCAGGACACUGUUUGAGUUUAUCUUCCAUCAUGAAAAUGAUGUGAAAAAUGCUUUAGAUUUGGCUGCUCAAGCUACUGAACAUGCUCAGUUCAAAGACUGGUGGUGGAAAGUGCAGCUGGGGAAGUGCUACUAUAGGCUUGGUUUAUAUCGAGAAGCAGAAAAACAGUUUAGAUCAGCUCUCAACCACCAAGAGGUGGUGGAUACAUAUCUCUACCUUGCAAAGGUUUAUCAGCGCAUGGACCAACCAAUAACAGCACUCAACCUUUUCAAGCAAGGUCUGAACCACUUUCCUGGUGAGGUUACCCUUCUAACAGGAAUCGCUCGCAUACAUGAGGAGAUGAACAACAUUUCAUCAGCAACAGAGUACUACAAAGAUGUCCUGAAGCAGGACAAUACUCACGUGGAGGCUAUAGCCUGUAUAGGCAGCAAUCACUUUUACACUGAUCAGCCUGAGAUCGCCCUGCGCUUCUACAGACGACUCCUCCAGAUGGGGGUGUAUAACUGCCAGCUGUACAACAACCUGGGCCUGUGCUGCUUCUACGCACAGCAGUACGACAUGACUCUGUCUUCAUUUGAGAGGGCUCAGUCGCUGGUGGGCAACGAUGAAGAGCAGGCUGAUGUCUGGUACAACAUAGGACAUGUGGCUGUGGGCAUUGGGGACUUGACACUGGCCUACCAAUGUUUCAAACUGGCUCUGGCUUUUAAUAAUGACCAUGCUGAGGCCUACAAUAAUCUGGCUGUGCUGGAGCUGCGCAAAGGUCGUAUUGAGCAGUCCAAAGCCUUCCUGCAGACUGCUGCAUCACUGGCCCCUCACAUGUAUGAGCCACACUUCAACCUCUCCAUUCUCUCUGAAAAGAUUGGAGACCUUCAGAGCAGUUACACUGCGGCCCAAAAGUCUGAGGACUCCUUUCCCGAGCACGUCGACACUCAGCAGCUUCUCAAGCAACUUCGGCAGCACUUUGCAGCGCUGUGAGCAUCCAGCCAGCAUGCUUAGGAAGCUGGGUGUGGUUUGAACAAUGUAGUUGACCAGUAUUAGAGACACAGCAGUGCAGGCUCCAAAACACAAUGUUAUUAAAAUGCUAAAAGGUUGGCAGGUUAGUCAGACAUGGAAAUCAAUGGUAUCAAAUGGAUUUAGUUUUGAUUUGUGUUUAUGUAUGGUACAUGUACACUAAAUUGUCAAUUAUAUCAGGUUGGCCUAUAACAUAGUGUAACAGAGCUGGUUGUUGUAUCCUAUUGGAGUCCUAUGUGGUGCAUUUUCAGAUCAGCACACCAGAGUUGAAUUUGGAUGUAAUUGGUCUCAAUAUGUCAUGUCUUUUCAUUUGCACCUUUUUGGCCAUUCUCCCUUGACCUCUCUGAUCCACAAACUGCAGACUCCCUGGUCACUGGUAGUUCAUUUUUCAGUUUAUCCUUGCAUCAGCAGGGUUUGAAAAGGCCCAGAUGAGAGCCAUUUGAGAAGGGCUAGAACCAAAACGCCUAGCUCCAGUAGUUUAGUUAACAUUUACAUUUAUUUAGAAUAUGUAAUGAUUAAUGUCUGUGACAUUUGCAAGAUUAAUGGUUUCCUGAUAAACUGGUAACCUUGUGUACAGACCUAUAUAGCAGUAAUACAUUAUGUACAUAGUAAUGGUAAAUAUUUUAUUUAUCACAGUAUGAUUAACUUACAUUUUAUAGUUCAUUUCAUAAAGCAGAUGUAUCUUUCGUAUUUUAACCUUCCUUGAUGUGACAAUAAAAAGAACAAUUCAGAACAUG